AAAACGGUCGUCAUCACUAUGUUGCCAUUGGGAAUCCAAGCUUAUAACACCAUGGAGAUCAUCGUUUGGACCCUGAUUGUCACCUUUGCUAUGAUCUAUGUUCAUGAACGGGCGAAUGUAACUAGAGAAGUCCAUAUUCUAGCCCCUCAGGAGACUUGCGCUGAAGGAUCUAUGAAAAUGUUUACCAAAUUAUACUGGAUUCCUUCUAAUCCCACUGGAUUUUCCCUGGCUGGCAUAGUCGUGGUGGAUCGGACAUUUAUUGCAACAAUGGUUGGCGUUCUGUUCUCCUAUGGCACCUUUGUUCUACAGCUAAAAGAAAAUCGCUAUGAAACAGCUCCAAAUUGCGAACGGACUGCGAUGAAUGCUACCAAAAUAAGUUAACACUUUUAAGCGAUCCAGUUCACGAUUAUUUAGUAUCAUUUGUAGGUUCAAGUGAAGAGCAUUUUGAAGAGGUGGUUUGUCUGAUUUGAUAAUUUUCAUCCUUUUUUUUCUAUCAAACAUGGAACUUUCGUAGGCAUUUUUCACAAAGAUGUUUGUCAAAAAUCAU